AUGAUUGCUUUCUCGUGGCGAGAAAAAUCGAGAAUCAAUGUAGGUUUGGGGUAAGCCUUACAUUAGUGAUGAAAUAUUUCACUAGGUUGCAACAAAUAUUAUUUUUGGACAUAAAUAUUUAUGCAAAGUGCAUUGUUAUUGAGACAAAAGACAAUUUCGAACAACAAUUUUUGUUUUCAAAAACAAGGAAAUUCAAUUCCCAGAAUUCGGUGCUAGAAAAUUCGUCGGACAUUUUGGAGCGCAAUUUUAACUUUUAAUGGAAUAAAAUUUUUCGGUAUAAAUGAUUUGGCGAAAUUCCACGUUACAGUUCACGUUUCGAAAAAUUCUUAAUUUACAAAAGCUUUUUUCUUUGUUCUAAACUUAGGCUGACAAAAAUGAGGCAUUCGGGUAUUUCUAAACACUAAUUUUAUUUUUACACGUUUGCAGAAAUGCCCGAAUACACUUACACUUUUACACUAUAUACAUUUUUACAAUAAUACACGAAUACACUAUUUUUGCUCCUGCUUGGAAAAAAGAAAAUAAAUGUCAAAAUCUCAAUAUCGAUACAGACCAAUGGUUUCCUAGAGUGAAUAAAAGGUUUCUGUUCGGAAAUAAAGAAUUUUAGAGAAAGAGAAGGGGUUUUUUCGGAAAAUUAAUAGUUUCAGAAAAGGAAAAAAAGAAAAUUAAAGCCUGUUCAAAAAAUGAAUAAUCCACCUUUCUUGGCAUUUGGCUUGAAAUAACAAUGAUUUUCAGACUUGAACAGAACAAAAAACAUUGAAUUAUCAGCUUCUCUCCGAUUUUAUGCUUCGGCUCUGCUAAUUCUGAGACAAUGACUGUUUUUUCACUAUAUUUCAGUCAUUUUUGGCACUUUCAACAACUCCUUUCCAGAAAAAUAGUGUAAAAGUGUAAAGGUGUAAAAGUGUAUCUUGAUAAAUAAAACUAGUGUAAACGGGCAUCAUUUCUAAAAACGUGUAGAGUAAAUGGGUAAGCCAUUUUUGAGCAUUUCUGAAAAUAGUGUAUUCGGGUAAUUUUUUGCCAGCCUACACACAUCCCAGCCAAUCACGUAAUUACACGUAGCAAAAUGGUACAUGACACGCCCCUUUUUUUCUGCCAAGUCCGCAGUGAGAAAAGUGUACACGUUUUGUUUCAUUUUUUCGCCUGUGCAGUUGUCAAUGUGGUUCAUUUGGAAAUUAUAGUAAGAUAAGCUUUACCCCAAAAAACAAUCCAAAACUGCAGUAUUUCAUGAAAUUUCGCAGAAAAAAAAAAUGAAAAAACGUGCGCGUCAAAUAAAAUGUGUGAGUGGUGUUUGCACUGUUUCAAGCUAAUGACAGUAAUCAUAUAAUUUUUUAUUUUUCACUUUCGAAAUAUUGCAACCGAAAAAACUCUUCAUUUUCCAGAAAUAAAAGCUUCACUGUCCAACAAACUCACGAAAAUCUUGUUAUAUUUUAUGACGAUAGUCAUCGAAUAGUUGGAUUCAAUUUCUACGACACAACAGAAGCUGAAAGUUUUUGCAAAUCUCUCGAAAUGUUGAAAAGUGAGUUUUCGUUCGAGAUUAGACUAUCGAUCUAAAUUAAAUAAGUUUUCAGACAAUAAGCGAGACACUAAAAAGAAAUUCUCAUUCCGUGGAAUGUUUUCAAGUUCUAAAAAAGAAAAAGAGCUGGAAAUUGGGAAACCGACAGAUUUCAAGCAUUUGCAACAUGUUGGAUUGGAUAUGACUGCAGAUCAGGAAGAAUUAUAUAAUCGAAUUCUGCCAGGACUAAAAAUGAAGGAAAAUGGUGACAUUGCUUUGAAAGAAUUUGUGAUAAGGAAUGAGGAUAAAUUGAGGCAAUCAAUAAUGAAAGACAAGAAGAAGACACCGAAAACUGUGAAAAAGGGUACAUUUUUCAAAUCGAAGAAGAUUGAAGAAGUUGAAGAGAAAGAAGAGGAAAAACCACCAAGUUUCAAAGCUCCGAUUGAUCCACUUCAUCCAAAUUAAAAUGAGAAUCUGGUGAGUUCACGUGAACUUAUGACGUGGAAAAAUGUUUGAAUUUUCAGCAGCCCAAAGCGCCUCCAGCUUUUCCAAGUCGAUCCGCUUCGCGAGUUUCUCCUUCUCUUUCACCUCGACUUCCAUCACAUCGACAAUCUUAUCAAUGGGCAACAAAUCCAGUCGAAACUGUUCCGCCAUCACCAAAACCUGAAAUUCAGGCAACUCGCGUGGCUCCUCCCCCACCGCCAAUACCAACUUCAGCUCCAAAAGUUGCACUACCACCUGUAAAUCCACCGUCAGUUGCGCCACCACGAGCUCCGCCAUUGCCUUCCGAUGGUUUCAAGAUUCGAAAAGUUGAACCAGACCCUGAAAGUGAAGAGGAAGAAGAAGAAUUGGAAGUGGAAGAAGCUGCAAAUCCUCGAAAAACAAGUUCAAUUUCAAAUGAGCGUCGAAGUUUUUUGGAUGAAAUUCAAAACGUGGACAAAAGUAAAAUUUUGAGAAAAGUUAGUGAAGAUCGACAUUCGAUAACUACACCAACUGGUGAAAAUACAAUGAUUGAUGCGAUUCAACAGUUUUUGGAUGCACGGAGAGUUGGAAUAAAUCCAAGUGAUUCUGAAGAUUCCGAUGAUGAAGAUGAUUGGAGUGAUUUGAUUUGUAAAUUUUCAAGAAAAAAAUGUAAUAAAUUAAAAUAA